CAGUGCAAGAACAGAUCUACACAACUCAAAGUGCAAUUUCUAACGGCGAGAGUCAAAGAAAAGGCAGUCUUACCAAUAACAGCGUCGUGCUGUACAUAAAUCCCCAAAAUGCAUCACGGUACAAGAAUCAGCAUCACCUAUCACAACCCGCACUUAGGAGAAGUCACAGUUUAGCUACCUCAAAAGAAAAUCUUUUGAGUAACGCGAAAUGCACGAAGAAGCCAACAAAUGAUGAGAAACGGACACUUUUGAUUCCUAGGGCUCGACUUAUUGAAGAAACCACAAUCAGGGAUCAAAGACCGAACCAGCUAAGUUCCUUGGCAAGGUAUACCACUGGGUCCUUAAACGACAUAGAUUUGUCGUCAACAUUAAACUGGCCAUCCACUUCGUCAGUGGUACAAUCGAACCACUCCUCGUUGGAUUGCGUUAGCUGGAGAAGCACCGAUUUCGAUCGCAGCAUUUAUUACGAUCGCAACAUUACUUUAUCUAAAAGGAAGCAGCCCGACUUGAAACCUCGUAGCAUACGAACACCCAUUGCUCAUUGUAGCUUCGACGAUUUUAUGCACAAGGAAAUGGAAGUGACAAUAAGAGACGAGCAAUAUUCGAGCUCAGAUUUCGAUGCUAAUAACAAUCUCGACGAGGUCAAUUUGCGCAAUGAGAACAUCUUUCCCUCCCAUGAAGUGUCCCAUCCGGAUGGAAGUAACUCAAGUGGGCUGGACGCAGAAGACAAAACAUUUCGAAACAAAUCACACAGUCACAAGUAUAUAAAGGAGUUUUUGGAAUCACAAAGAGGAUCAAGAACACCCCUACAAAAUUUCAUUAAGAAAAAACUGUCCAGGAAGUGUUGUGAGAAAACCAAUCUGACCCUUAAUCAAUUUCACUCGUUGCCGGAUAUGCACAACAGCGUGAAGCCAAAUAAAUCGGAGGUGGUAGAAAAGCGGUUUAUUAUUAACAUUGGAAAAUAUUUUGAUAUAAAGACUGACACUUCCGUAGAAACUGGACAGAAGGGCGAGAAAACCAUAGCUGAAAUAAUGCCAGUUGCCGAUUAUGGUAAAUUUUUAGAGACUAAAACACAGUCAUCGCUUACGGAUAUCAAAGGAAAACUCUACGACGAAGGCAAGCCCAUGAAUAAGGUGCAGCUGGCAAAGCUUCUCUUUGAACCGAAACUCAAUAAUAAAAGUAAAAGGAUAUCGCCGCUAAUUAAAAAAACUUGUAGUUAUUUUGAGAAACCCGAGACUGCCACACGCGCUUAUUCAAAUACAAAAUUGAAGAAGCUGCCUGUAAAAUCCAGGAGUUUCGGUACAGCCGAUUUUAGCAGCUGCAAACGAUCAAACGUGCACGUGCGCCAGAAGAAACCGGGAAGAGACUCAAAGACAUUCAAUGACGCCGAGCUACCAAAUCCAGAUAAAGUGAGACGCACCAGGCAGUUCUUCGAACAAAGCUGCAAAAAGGGUCGUAGUUUCCCUUCCUUAUGUAGUGCUGGUGAGCAAAUCUAUGAAACGUCGGAAGCUGAGGAACAUCCUCAAUAUGUAUCCGAAGAUAUACUAAGUAAAAUUAGGGAGUACGGUACUACAACCACUUACUAUGGAGGAUGUAUCGUCGACCAGUACUUGGGCCAACCAGUACUCACCAAAGCGAUCAUGGAUGAGAUUGAGGAGGAGAAAAAACGAUUUCCCGAUCGUCCAGUAAAAUGCAACCCUGAAAAAGGCCAGAGGAAAAAGAAACUCGGUCGUAAAUUUCGAUUGAUCAAAUACAACAGCUGCGACAGUAGGAUCGAGUUGUUGAGCAUGAAUUGCCCAUCGUUUGAGUUAGAGAGAGUUCGAAUACAUCCGAAGUAGUUUUUAUAAAAUUUGCUUUAUAUUUUUAAUACUCACGUAUUUUUUUAUACAUAUAAUGGAGCUUCCUUUUUUCCUUGUUUGUAAAUAAAC